GACUGAGCAUGUCCGAACGCGCUCGGCAGCGGCCGCCGCGCCGGGGCUGCGCUCGCUCGCAGCGCGGGAAGGAGGGCGCGGGCGCCGCCGCCGCCGCCCGCAAGUCAAUAUAAGCAGCCUGUGCAGAGCACUGCAUUCAUAAAUGUGAAACAAGCCCGCACCAUCAUGUUUGGCACUAAGAGAUUAAAGAAGAAGUCCCAGUCGGUGGAUAUUAGUGGGCCAGGAUGCAACCCAGUGGCAGCAGAAGCUCAGACGCCUCAGCCCAGCAAACCUUUGCCUGCUGCUCAGACAGCGGCUUCCGAGGAGGAGCAGGACAACACCACAAACACCCAAAGGCGCAACCCGCGGAGGAGCGACCUGAAGAGAUAUUACACCAUCGAUGCUGGCCAGAAGAAGACCCCAGACAAGAAAGAUGGGCGACGAAUGUCUUUUCAAAAACCUAGAGGGACUCUUGAAUAUUCAGUGGAAUCAAGAGAUACUUUAAACAGUAUUGCCUUGAAAUUUGAUACAACACCCAAUGAACUGGUUCAAUUAAAUAAGCUUUUCUCCAGAGCAGUCGUUCCUGGACAGAUUUUGUAUGUUCCUGACCCAGACUACAUAUCUAGUGUGGACAGCUCCCCCUCUCUAAGUCCUGUAAGUCCCCUAUCACCUACAUCUUCCGAAGCAGAGCUUGACAAGGCUGCAGUAAAUGAUUCAGAUGGAGUCCAGCAGAAGGAGUCAGCUGUUUCACCAGCACAUGCAUGUGUUCGUCCUUCAAGAGUGGUAUCAUCCACCUCCGAAGAGGAGGAAGCAUUUACAGAGAAAUUUCUAAAAAUUAAUUGCAAGUACAUCACUAAUGGCAAGGGUACGGUCAAUGGUGUGCUGCUAGUGACGCCAAAUAAUAUAAUGUUUGAUCCUCAUAAAAUGGAUCCUCUGGUCCAAGAGAAUGGCUGUGAAGAAUAUGGCAUCAUGUGUCCAAUGGAAGAAGUGAUGUCAGCUGCUCUGUAUAAGGAAAUUGUGGACAGCAAAAUUAAGGAGUCAUUAAGCAUAGAUGUAGAACAGCUGUCAGUAAGGGAACUUGGCCAUUCCAAGAAAGCUGCAAAGUGCAAUACAGAUGACACGGAUUCCAGGGUUCGGGACACGGGCAACGACAGUGCUAGUACUGCCCCAAGAAGUACAGAGGAGUCUCUUUCAGAAGAUGUAUUCACAGAAUCAGAACUCUCUCCAAUUCGUGAGGAGCUUGUUUCCUCAGAUGAGCUUCGUCAAGAUAAAUCUUCUGGAGCAUCAUCGGAAUCUGUGCAAACAAUAAACCAGACUAGUGCUGAAUGUUUAACAGUCAUUUCAGACUCCAACGAAGCUGCCAGUGACUUGAAGCCCAGUGCCGAAAUGGUUGUAGGUGUUAAACAGUUUGGUACCCACUUAAGUUCAGAAAGUGCUAAAAAGUCUGUAAAGGGGGGACAAGAACCUGGUGCAAACACUGCAGAUGUCCUCCAGCAGUCUUUGCAAAGAUCACAGGGUGGUGAGGAGCACAGCAAGGAGACAGAAGUGGGCAAGGAUCAGGAUUCCUCACUAGGAAAAAAAGCAGAUAAUGAGAUGGAAGAGGAAUGUCCGGGUUGUGAAGAUACCACAGACUCUCAAAAGAAAGAGACAUCUAGCAAGGGAAAAGUAGUGGGAGAGAAAAAUCAAGAUUCAGAAGCAGAAGUUGAAGAGCUCCGCAAGCUCUGGAAGACCCACACUAUGCAACAAACAAAACAGCAAAGAGAAAACAUGCACCAGGAUUCACAAAAAGAAAUCAGUCAGAAAGCUGUAUCUGCAGGAGAUGGGCGGUUAGAAGGUUCUUCUGUUAUGAAAGAAAAAAGACGACAUCGAUCUCACAAGUUUCUCUGUCUCAGGGUUGGAAAACCCAUGAGAAAAACAUUUGUUUCUCAAGCAAGUGCAACAAUGCAACAGUAUGCACAAAGGGACAAAAAACAUGAGUACUGGUUUGCUGUCCCACAGGAAAGGACAGAUCACUUGUAUGUCUUCUUUAUCCAGUGGAGUCCAGAAAUAUAUGCAGAAGAUACUGGGGAGUCUCUUCGGGAACCUGGAUUUAUAGUGGUAAAAAAGAAGGAAGAGCCUGAAACUAGUGAAGAAUCGAGUACUGAAGAUGCUGCUAAAGAAUGGGAGGUAGUGUCAGUGGCUGAGUAUCACCGCAGGAUCGAUGCUCUAAAUAGCGAAGAACUGCGCACACUCUGCAGACGUCUCCAGAUAACAACAAGAGAAGAUACCAAUUCAAAACAGGCAACAAAUAUCAAAACAGACCUGGAGCCUGAAGCAUUCCGGCCAAAUCUUAGUGAUCCAAGUGAAUUACUACAGCCGGAACAAAUUGAAAAGCUCACAAAGUCUCUUCCACCACGGACCAUUGGCUAUCCAUGGACUCUUGUCUACAGUACUGCAAAGCAUGGCAUGAGCUUGAAGACCUUGUAUCGGACAAUGGUGGGAUUAGACACACCUGUGCUGUUGGUUAUCAAAGACAGUGAUGGACAGGUUUUUGGUGCACUAGCGUCUGAACCAUUUAAAGUGAGCGAUGGCUUUUAUGGCACUGGGGAGACUUUUAUGUUCACUUUUUCUCCAGAUUUUGAGGUUUUUAAAUGGACAGGAGACAACAUGUUUUUCAUUAAAGGAGACAUGGAUUCUCUUGCUUUUGGUGGAGGAGGAGGAGAGUUUGCUCUUUGGCUUGAUGGUGAUCUCUACCAUGGAAGAAGUCACUCAUGUAAAACAUUUGGGAAUCACACACUUUCUAAGCGAGAAGACUUCACUAUUCAAGACAUAGAAAUAUGGGCUUUUGAAUAAGUAUUUCACUAUUUCUACAGGCUAUUGUCCCAAACCUGACAUGAAUCAGUGCAGCUUAAAAAUCCCUAGGAGCAAUAUAAUGUAUUUUACUUAUCUAUUUUGGGUUUUUUUUAUAAUUUUUCAGUGUGCCCAUUAGUUAUUAUUUUUAAAUAGCAGAUGUUUUUCAUGCUCUUGCAUCUGUAAUAUACUAUCAUACUUUUUCUAAGCUAUAGACUCUUUUACAAAAUAUUGACCUUGUGGGCUAAAAAAUAACAUUAGUUACUUUGAGCCUUGUGGCCUGCAAAAUUUUCUUAUCCAUAUUACUGUUGCCUCCCAGGUUUCCCACACACACCUUUCCUGCAAUCCUGCUAGGGGGCUGCUUCAUUGAAUAUAGCUUAUUAUUUUUGUAUUCAAAUUAUGUCUAUGAAUGAAGUUGCCCUCUGUGAACCUCUAAGAAAGCUGCGUGUGGGUAUUUGGCAGCAGCACUGCAGAGAUUGGUCCAGACCAAUGAUGGGUUAUUCAAGUGGUGCCACAAAUGGAUGAGAAGCUGAGCAUUCCUUCUAAAUGCAUCCCAGUUCACAUGUGGUGAAGUUAGAAGAUGUCCAAAGUCAACAGUGCCACUUGUCUUGUUUCUUGUUCAUGUGUAGAAAAAAGUCAGUUACUAUGUGUUGUAGCUGCAUGCUGAUUGUAUUUAAAGAGUGUUUUGCACAUGCUGUUAAUGAUCCGCAGGUUUGGGACAACUACUGACAAUAUUGAGCUAAGUGGCAGAGACUUACAAAAUAGCAAGAGAAUGUAAGAUUAUGACAGUUCCAAAAAAUUAAAAGGCUAAAGCAAGCAAAACUCAGUGAACAAUUUGUAGCUAUAGUAGGGCAUUAAAAGUACAGAAACAGAUGCAUCUUUCUUCAACAUAGUGUCAGAUAUAUACUGUUAUACUGUUGUAGCCGUGUAGCACAUCAGCUCCAAGAAUAUAGCUUAUUCCUGUCCAAAGAAAAAAAAUACUUGUGAUGUUUUUGAGUGGGUCUAUGUUGUAAAUUUACAAUUAGCACCAGCUCUGAUUAAAAUGACAUCAUGUAUCAUAGGUAGACAAUAUUGUAAUUCAGUAGACUUGUGGAAUAUGCAAACUUACUGUCAUGUGACCUCAAAAAAUAAAUGACAGGCUAGAAUACAGUUCCAGUAGCUCUUGUCCACUUUUGUAGAAAACUUGAUAAGCCAUUGUGGCAAUAACAGCUCAACAAAACUGUUCAAAGCUUUUAUUCUAUGUUCUGCAAAAAAAAAAAACAAAAAAAACCAAAAAAGAACAAAAAAAUUGCUGUUAAGUGUGACAGUGACUGACUUUGUGCUGAAAUUUCAGCUAUUUCAGACAAAUGUUGUAUAUUAUCUUGUAAAUUAAUGUUUAAAGUAGUUUUGUUAUUAUAGAAAAGUGUUGAUUGACGGAUUGCUUAUAGCACUUUAAAUUAUUCUAGAAAUGGAAUAAAAGCCAAAUGAGUUGGCUUACGUAGAUGUAGUUGUAUAUUUCAAAAUAUUUACAUUUCUGGAAAGUUAAAAAAUAAAACUUAUUUGAAGACAGCUUACUGCUAUGGUAACGAGAAAGGGCAGAUGUUUCAUCUAUAAUAUGCUAAUGCUCAAUAUGAAUAGAAAAACAGGGCUUUGUUUCCUGUCUCUAUGUAUAUCUCUUUAUCCUUCUUAGAACUUAGACAAUGUGUAGAGUAAUGUUUACAAAAUAAGGAACUGUAAAUAAAUUGAAAUGGCUUUUCUCCCCUUUGGUCUUCCACAGCAGUAUUAUUGUCUUUGUGGAGUUACAACUGAUUAUUACAACAAAAAAAAACAAUCCUGUAAUGGAUUUCAAGUACUAUAAGCUCACAGUGAUGUAUAGCAAAUAAAUCUAAAUAUAUGUAAAAA